UUACCCUCUAAUUAUUAUUAUUAUUUAGUUAAAUUGGGUUGGUUUUUAAUCGAGAUCCCAUUUCCCUUGUUCGAGUUUUUCUCAGGAAGGUUAGUAGAGAGAGAGAUACUGGUUUUGAUUCAACACGAUGGCUGCCACGGCUCUUCUCCGAUCGAUCCGCCGACGCGACGUCGUCUCUGCGCCUCUUUCCGUCUACAAAUCUCUUGCUGGUAAUGCUCAACCUUCAUUUGGUAAUGGUCAAAACUAUGCAAGUUUGUGUAGAGCUUUCGGAUCGAGAGCUGGUGUGAAUGAAAAUGUUGGGACUGGUUUUGGAACUAGCAACAUAAGCAAUGCCAUUAGAGAGGAGGGAGAGCAUUCAAAAGCUACUAUGAAUGCAAUGGGAGCUCAUUUGAGAGCUCUUGGUGUGGGAACACCAAGACGCGUGCUGUCUACAAUCGCGGAGGGUAUCAAGAUGACAGAGGAGGACCAGACUUCUCCAAAACCCCAAAGCUUUCGCCCUCUGUCUCCUCACCUCACGGUUUACCAGCCUCAGAAGAACUCAAUGUUAUCCAUUUUCAACAGAAUCUCGGGGAUUUACUUGACGGGAGUCUUUUAUGGCGGCUAUCUUCUCUACCUGAAGAUGGGUAUGAUCUGCCUCACUUACCCGGCUUUCUACCAAGUUCAUUACCAUGUACAGCAGCAACUCCCGGUUAUCACCUCGGUUACUGCAUUGGCCGCGCUUUACCAUACUAUCAAGAGUAUUCACUCCCUCUUGACCCAUUGAAACAAAUCUUUCCGAAAGCUCUUUCGUUGUUUGGUUAAGCCACCAGAGUCUCCAGAAAGAGUUUCCUUGAGAUGCACAAGAUCUAAUAAAAAGAGAGUAGAAACGUUUGUCAAACUCUCAUCGUCUUUUGAGAAAGCAAGUGUCUAGCUUUUGUUUUUGGGAUUUUAGGCUUUGAAAGCUUUAUGUUUGUUUGCUUUUUCUUUGUUCUAAGACAUAAUUGAAGGGGUUGGAAUGUAAUAAAAUGUUUACCUGUUUGCUUGAGGGA